AUGGAGCUUUUCCCUAGAAUAACUAAAGGCGACCCUGUUUUAAUCCUGUCGCGUCUACAGCUGCGUGACCUGAACCUGGAUCAUGUUGGAGAAGAACAGAAGAGGCAAAUUCAGCAGCUUUACCUCACUUAUAACAGUUUCUCGCUUUUCCCCACCUCCAUCUGCCUACUCCCAAACCUGGAGCACCUGGACCUGAGCAACAACUACCUCACAGCUAUGCCUGAGGACAUUACACUGUUAGCAAACCUAAAAACUCUGGUGGCCAAGAAUAAUCAUCUCGACGAGACGUCCUUCCCCAAGCACUUUGGCUCCAUGCACAUUGAAAGCCUGAAUCUGAGCGGGAACCGAUUCAGGGAGAUACCGAGGCAGUUCCUGAAGCUCAGCAGGCUGCUGUCACUGUCCCUGGGUGGAAACAGGUUAAAGAGCAUCCCUGCAGAGAUAGAAAACCUGAAUAGGCUGGAGAUGCUGUAUCUGGGUGGGAACAUGAUCUCUUCCAUCCCCCCUGAACUGGCCAACCUGCGCUGCCUCAGAUACCUGGUACUGUGUGAUAACUGCAUCCAGAGCAUUCCUCCACAGCUCAGCAGACUUCACUCCUUGAUGUCUCUCAGUCUCCAUAACAACCUCCUGACAUUCCUCCCUCGGGAGAUCCUUAGUCUAGUCCACCUGCAGGAGCUUAGUCUCCGUGGCAACCCGCUGGUGGUACGCUUCAUCAAGGACAUGACCUAUGACCCUCCAUCCCUGCUUGAGUUGGCUGGUCGGACCAUCAAAUCCCGGAACCUUCCGUACCUCCCAAGUGACCUGCCGGCCAACCUGUGCCGCUACCUUGACAUGGCCAGCAAGUGUCCUAACCCCAAAUGCGCAGGUGUGUACUUUGACUCGUGUGUGCGGCACAUCAAGUUUGUGGACUUCUGUGGCAAGUUCCGCCUGCCCCUCAUGCACUACCUCUGCUCCCCAGAAUGCAGCUCUCCCUGCAGCUCCAAUCCACAAAGUGACGCUGAGUCGGAAGACGAGAACAGCGUUUCUGUGGACAGGCUGCAGAGGGUGCUUUUGGGAUAGCCUGGUCUUCCAAUUACACAAGGACUUUAUGCUACAUCUUGCCCCAUUAUGCAGAUCUCUGAGCAGUCUUUUAAUCACUUGGAGGAAAAAUGGUCCUGAACCAACAUGAAAUGGGAACACGUUUACCAGUGUUCUGAUAAGAGCAUUGAUAAAGUACAAGUACAUUUGAGUCAAGAACGCCUUUAGUUAGCAAGCUGAACUAGGUCUGAAAAAAAACCUAAUGACAUUUCAUUGGCUAACAAUGAACUAGUUACCUAGCUAGUCAACUAAAACAACACUGGAAAUAAACAGUUUAUGAUAUUAUUCAUUAGCUAGCCGAUUAACUAUUUGGCUUGCUUGUUAACUAAGAGUCAGCUAAAACUACAUUGGAACUACAUUUAUGUUAUUAUUUAUUAGCUACUUAACUAGUUAGCUAGCAAAAUUAACUAGCUAGUUGACUAAGUCACCUACUACCUAGAAAAUAAGAAGUGCUUUAUGAUAAUUCAUACAAUUCAAAUGCAAGUUUUAAAAACUGCGCACAUGUAUAUUCAGAGAGAUGCUUCCUCUACAAUUGCUGAAAAUCUGACAAUUAUAUUAGGUGUUUCUACUGUAAGUGAAAAGGAACCUUGAGUGGUUACUCUUUAACUGAGCCCUUCUGUUCACAUUUUGGCAGAACUCUGUACAAAGGUUACAGACUUUGUUGACUCACUAGUCAAACUGUCUACCGGUGAUACAGUUAUUUUCAUUUAAAAAGAGCACAAACCCUGAAGCUCCAAUGACAAAAUGCUGAAACAACAUCUUGGACAUCCCUGUACUACCUCUGAGCUAGCUACAGUGUUUUAGUGGGGACAUUAUUAUUGGAAGUGGCUUUUCUCUGCCAUACUUAAACUGCCAUGCAAGCUGAAUGGACUUUGACUAUGACUUUUAUUGAGACCCUUUCCUUCUUUUACUCUUUUUUAAAAUAUAUAACAAAAUCACCCUGGUCUGUCUGGUAUAACGUUACAAAGACCACUGCUUACAUCUGAUUUACAUAUUGUAUUGGCAGGUUUCGGCCUGCACAACUUUUUUUGACAAGACUGCACGCACAAUAAUAACUUCUCAUCAAAUUCAUGACAGCCUAGUAAUGUAGUUUAAAACUGGUAAUAAAGCAGAGAUCCAGCACUUUGUGGCAUGGGGCAUUAGUUUUGUCUGUGAGUGAGCUCUAUAUUCUAUAAAAGUUGUCAGAUUGCCUGGUUGCCUUGUCUCUUGCCAGGAUCUGUGAGUUUGUGUUAGGUGUCAUAUAAAUUAAUCACACCAUCAGGUCACCUCAUUUGUUGCCAGACUUUAUCAUAUGCUGUAAUUAGCUUGUAUAGAUUUAGGGCCAGAUAUGACACUGAUUGUUGUAAAGCUUUGUGUCAAUGAGUUGAAAGCUAAUAUUUGACAGCCUACGUGGAGCACGGUGUCACUGUAUCUCAGCAUUACAUAGCAAAAAAAUGAAGGAACUUCACUUGCAGGAGUGAGGCUUAGGCCAACUUCAUCUUUCCUACAAAAUAUUGUAAAGGGAAUUCCAAAGAAAUGCCACCUUCACAUUUUUUUACACAAUACAAUGUCUUGCAAUUACAUUAUAGUGCAUUGCUUCUCAUGAAUAUACUGCUCACAUGUUUAUAUUAUAACAACACAGUUCUAUUUUCAAUUUCUCAGUAGGGACACACUUUCAGUUUAUGCACCAGCCCUCUUCCCAUGUUGAAACAACAGAAAAUCAUAUCAAUCUCCAAUACAUACGUAAUGUUGUUUACUCUGAAAGCAAUUCUUCUUCUACUCUGAUUGUCACUGUGAUGAGAUCUUCUAAUAAAACGACUCUGGGUGAA